AUGGCUGUUUCCUUGCGUCGGCAAGGAGGCGUUGCCAUUCGGGCAAAAGGCGUAGAGGUUGUCAGCAGCAGCCUUGUGCUGGUCUGGGAGCUAGAGGCAGCGCCCAUGCUGAGACAUGUUCUGAAACAUGUAACAGGCUUACUUGAUUAUACUCAACAGGGGGGACAGGUUUCUGCGAAAGCCAAGGCACCAGAAAUUGUUCAGCCAGAAUCCGAAGAGAGUUCCGAAGAAUCCAGUGAUGAGGCUCCUGAGCCUGUCAAAGUACCAGCAAAGAGCAAGCCACAACCUGCAAAGCAGCCAGCUGCAAGCGACAGUGACAGUGAAGUCCAAACCUGCAAGAAGGGUAAAACUUCAAAAGCUGCACCAGCUAAAGAAGCUGAGAGUGAAGAAGAGAGUGACGAGAGCGAUGAAGAUGCUGAACCUGUGGUUUUUAUAACCAAUGCAAAGAAACUUGAAGAUGGAGCUGUAAAAAAAUUUCUGAAGAAGAAAGGAUUAGCAGUGAAGGAAAUCCGUCGCUUGGAUAAAAAGACAAUUGCUGUUGACCUACUUCAAACUGGUGAUGUAUCCAAAGCUGUGGCAUUGUCUGGUCAAGCUCUAGGAGGACAGGUCUUGGAAAUCCAGUCUUCUCUAGAAAGUCCAAAAAGUGAUGUGAAAAAGGCGACAAAAAGACCAGCCUCAGACGAUGAGGAUGAGGACGAUGACGAAGAUGAAGAUGAGGAUGAAGAUGAUGACAGUGAGAGUCCUGCCAAAAAAGUUGGGAAUGAGGCCAAAAAGCAAAAACUUGAAUCUUCAAGUGUUUUCACAGCAUUUAUUGGAGGCUUGAAGGCUGAGACAACAGAUGCAACGGUUAAAAAGUUUUUGAAAAAAAAUGGUGUUCAAGCUAAAGAAGUUCGCAAACCAGCAAACAAAAGGUUUGGGUAUGUGGAUGUUGAGACGCGGGAAGACUUAGAAGCAGUGGUAGCACUUUCUGGUGAAACGCUUGAGGGGGAAGUACUCCGCAUAGAAGAAGCCAAGCCUAAGGGUUCCAGUCCAGACAAAAGCAAGCAAAGUGGUGAUCAGACACCUAGUUGGCAGCGAAAAAGUUCAGAUGAUGACUGCACACUUUUUGUAAAAAACAUUCCAAGCAGUGUUGAUGAAGAUCAGCUCCGUGAGUUUUUCAGUGAGGCCACAGAAGUUAGAUUGCCUCAGAAAGAUGGCAGUCAUAAAGGGUUUGCAUACAUUGUGUUUGCUGAUUCGGAGACAGCUGAUUCGGUCUUGUCAGACAAGCAGGGGGCUGACCUUGAAGGCAAUGCAUUGUAUUUAGACCGCACAGGAUCCAAGAGUUCAUUCACACCCCGUGACAGGCAGAGUAGAGACAGCUAUGGAGGGAGAGGAGAUGGUGCUCGCAAACCUUCAGGAGAACGUGGUGAGAGCUCUGUGCUAUUUGUGAAGAACUUAAGCUACAAUGUUGAUGAAGAGGCCCUCAAGGAUGCAUUUCCAGAUGCAGUUGGAGCACGUGUGGCUAGGUUUCCUGAUACUGGAAAGCAUAGAGGGUUUGGGUUUGUGGACUUCAGCAGUCCCCAGGCUGCAGCUAAGGCAUUCGAUGAAAAACAAAGCUCAGAGAUUGAUGGUAGACAGAUCCUACUUGACUUCUCAUCACCACAAGGAGGUGGCAGAGGAGGUGGCCGUGGCGGCCGAGGUGGUUAUGGAGACCGAAGGGGAGGAGGAGGAGGAUUUGGCGGGCGUGGUGGUGGUCGGGGACGUGGCGGUCGUGGAGGCUUUAACGACCGAGGAGGAAGAGGUGGCCGCGGUGGCUUCAGAGGUGGCCGUGGAGGUGGCGGCGGCUAUGGUGAACCACAGAAUAAGAAAAAGAGAUUCAAUGACUCGGACAGCGAUUGAAGAAGUGCUACCAGAGAAAAAGAGAAUGUGUAGAGCAUGACAAAUGGAAGAUGUAAGAGUGUAUGUAGAUGGGUGUUUUAUGUAUGCAUGCAUAAUUUUAGUUUGAAGGUUUUAAGUUUGACUGCUAAUAAUAGUGGUUAGGCAGCGAGAAAAACGUGGUAUUGUAAUAUGUUGUAUGAACAAUUUGUGCCAUUUCCGUCGAGCACAAAAGGGCUGGAGUUCAAGUUCUUGCUUUGGCUGCUGUUGUCGUUAAUAUUUUCUUGUCAAAAUAAAAGUUUGUAAAAACAUU